CUUGCAGAGACUUGUUCCCAUGGACCAACAGUUGUAAGACUGGACAAUUCUAAAAGAAAUUCAAUAAAGAAGAAAAAAGUGACAGAGGUUUUGUUACACAAAAGCGGUACCGGACGACAUGAAGUUCUCACCGGGGAAUUGACUUGUCAAAAGCGCGUGCAGUGCACAGCAUCUCUACUGUUGUCUGUUUGCUCUCAUCAAAUCACACAAAAAGUAAAACACAACAACAACAACAACAAAAGCUGUUUUGAUUUUACAUUUUUGUUUUUUUGUUUUUAUUGACUGAGAGAGUUAGUUCAAAUCCUAGAUCCCGCUACGAAUUUGUUUGUUCACACACUUUUAUUUUUUGUUUGCUCAACCGAACCAAACAACAACAAAAAAAAGUAAAGAGAAAAGUUGUUUCCUUCUGCGUUACUACUUCUCCGUUAGUUUCGAGACACACUGACACUAUUAGGUAACAUUUUAGACCAUGAAGAUCAAGUCAUCUUCUUCUUCUUCUUCGCUCUCACUCGGCUCAAAGACUCACUCUUUCGGCUGUAUCUCUCUCAUUCUUCAAAGAUUUCUCUGUUCCGGCUCCUCUUCUGCAUACCCAACUGAUCGAAUCACUGAACCCAGUUUCGAGUCUCGUGAUUUCAUCUCUGAGCCACUCAGAGUCAGAGGAGAUGAGCCAGGAGCUGUGGCGAGGCUCAUGGGUUUGGACUCAAUUCUCGUUACUGAAAAGAACAGAGUCGUCUCAAGGAGCCGUUCUGUGAACUCUGUUGAUUAUUUGAAGAGGGAGGACAACGAUGCUGUUCAGGGGAAGCAUAGAAGAGUUAAGUCCACUCUUGAUUCUUACCACUUUCCGGAGUAUGUUGAGCUUGAAGAUGAUAACUUCUUCAUUCUCAGCUUCGAGAAGGAUAAAACUGACAAGGGUCUUGGAGAAUUGAAGCAGUCGGGAACAAAAAAUUGUAAGAAGAGACGAGAAACAAGAGAGAAUCAAACACACAUUGAGGGUAAAGAGAACAACAUCAACGCAAUGAACGUUUCACCAGGAAGCGAGAGGCUUGAGAUUGGAGAAUUGAAUCAGCCUAGGAAGGAGAAACGUAAGAACAGAAGAAAAAGGAGAGAGAUUAAGUUGAGACAGAACAUCGACAAGGAGAAUUGGAUUCAGAGUUGGUCCAGAGGUGGAGAUUUAGUCAAUUGUGAAGUGAGAUCAACAAAGGAAGAAGAAGAAGAGUGUGGAAGCUGCGAUGAUUCGAGCCCUGUCUCUGUUCUUGACUAUGACUGGUUGUCAGGUGUUCGAGUAACUCCAUCAUCAGAGAAAAAAACUUCAAGAAGACAAUUAUCUUCAGAACUCGAAUCCAGUAAGCGUAAUGAAACGAUUCAACAAAAUCACAUCACAUUAACCAGUAGAUCAAGAGAGGAGUCGGAAGUCCAAUGUCAUGGCUACCAAGAGAUGUGGAUCAUGAUUUGCAAACUCACUGUAUCCGAGCUUGAAGAUUCAAAUUGGGAUUACGGAAAAGCUUCAAAUCUCAAAGAUUCAGAAGGAAUCAUAACCGAAGAUAUAGUCUCAAAUAUAUUAGAUCACCUCUUAGAAGAAACAAUUACAACACUUUCCUUAACUUCACAAGUGUAAAAAAACAUUUUUGUACUUCCAA